AUGGCAAGUGCAAAGGAAGCUUCUCGACUGCGCUUUUGUCUCUCCCCACAUCAGCACUUUCCGAAAAAACACCUACCGCCUGGCACCCAACUCAUCAAGCCAUUCCAAAUUGAUGGUAAACAUCUACCUACUAUCGAUCGAUUCAGCGCUAUUGCCGCUCGUGAAUGUUGGAUGCAUUUGGGUGGUCCAGAUGUUAGGGAUGGGGAGGUGUGCUGUGCCGUGACCAAGAUGGGACGGAUGUGUGGAGUGUUGGGUAUGUUGAGCAGAGGAAGGACAGAUGGGUCGAGGAUUCGCUCGGUGGAGGUUGCUGCUGUGAGUCGACCAAGGUACGUUAAGGAAAACACUGGGAUCGGUGUUAAGGGCUCUAAGGAUUGA